GGUGUGGAGAGUCGGGGAAAGCCAGCUCCUUGAACAGGUGGGGGUCCAGGAAGAGUCUGGAAUGUAGAGACAGGGCUAGUUAUGACAGAAAUAACGGGAAGCGGAGUGCAGGUGUGCAGGGAUCCUGGCGACAGCAGGGUGCUGAGUGCCCUAAAGACUCCCGUCUGCCGGGGUGUAGGCAGCGAGAAUCGGUCCGGACCCAGCGGGUAGGCUUGGGGCAGCGACCAGCAGUGCACCAGGGUUAUGAGAUGGGGCAUGUGAGAGCUUGGAUGUUUUCCAAGAAACUGAGAACAGGCUGGGGGGAAUGAUGAAAAAGCUUUCCCUAGGUGCAGUUCCCAAUUUGGACCCCUCCCGACCCCCCACCCUACCACCCCCACCCCCUGCGAGCUGCCGUGCAAUCUGUGGUUGCCAUGGCAACCCGUGCCCGGCUCUCCUAGAGGCGGUGCCAACCCUACUCCCCCCACCACUUCCUUCCCCCCUCCCUCCCUGUCCCUCCCUCCUUUGUGUCAGCUGCGCCCCUGACCGGGAUGGCUGCGAAGAGAGGGACCAAGACAAGCAUGAAGAACAUGGAGAAGGAGCUGCUGUGCCCAGUGUGCCAAGAGAUGUACAAGCAGCCGCUAGUGCUGCCUUGUACCCACAACGUGUGUCAGGCCUGUGCCAGGGAAGUCUUGGGCCAGCAGGGCUACCUAGGCCAUGGUGGGGACCCCAGUUCGGAACCCACUUCUCCUGCUUCUACGCCUUCUACCCGAAGCCCCCGCCUCUCUCGGAGAACUCUCCCCAAGCCAGAUCGUUUGGACCGGCUCCUUAAGUCAGGCUUCGGGACAUACCCUGGGCGGAAGCGGGGUGCCUUGCACCCCCAGACGAUCGUAUUCCCAUGCCCAGCCUGCCAAGGCGAUGUGGAGCUGGGGGAGCGCGGCCUUUCUGGGCUUUUCCGAAACCUGACCCUAGAGCGCGUGGUGGAGAGGUACCGACAGAGUGUGAGCGUGGGAGGCGCCAUCCUGUGCCAGUUGUGCAAGCCCCCACCGCUAGAGGCCACCAAGGGCUGCACCGAGUGUCGAGCAACCUUCUGCAAUGAAUGCUUCAAGCUCUUCCACCCCUGGGGCACUCAGAAGGCCCAGCAUGAGCCCACUCUGCCCACUCUCUCAUUCCGCCCCAAGGGUCUGAUGUGUCCAGACCACAAGGAAGAGGUGACUCACUACUGUAAGACAUGCCAACGACUGGUGUGUCAACUCUGCAGGGUACGGCGCACCCACAGUGGACACAAGAUCACUCCAGUGCUCAGUGCCUACCAGGCCCUCAAGGAUAAGCUGACAAAGAGCCUGGCAUACAUCUUGGGAAACCAGGACACAGUACAGACCCAGAUCUGUGAGCUGGAAGAGACCAUCAGGCAUACUGAGGUGAGUGGUCAGCAGGCGAAGGAGGAGGUGUCACAGCUGGUUCGGGGACUGGGGGCCGUGCUGGAAGAGAAGCGGGCCUCUCUGCUGCAGGCCAUCGAAGAGUGCCAGCAAGAACGGUUAUCACGGCUCAGCGCCCAGAUGCACGAACAUCAGAGCCUGCUGGAUGGCUCGGGUUUGGUGGGUUAUGCCCAGGAAGUCCUUAAGGAAACAGAUCAGCCUUGCUUUGUGCAAGCAGCCAAACAGCUGCAUAACAGGAUUGCCCGAGCUACUGAGGCCCUACAGACGUUCCGGCCAGCUGCCAGCUCCUCCUUCCGCCAUUGUCAGCUGGAUGUGGGGCGUGAGAUGAAGCUGCUGACGGAGCUUAACUUCCUGAGAGUGCCUGAGGCUCCUGUCAUUGACACCCAGCGAACCUUCGCCUACGACCAAAUCUUCCUGUGCUGGCGGCUGCCCCCCCACUCACCACCUGCCUGGCAUUACACCAUUGAAUUCCGGCGUACGGAUGUCCCCGCCCAGCCAGGCCCUACACGCUGGCAGCGUCGGGAGGAGGUGAGGGGCACCAGUGCCCUUCUUGAGAACCCUGACACAGGCUCUGUGUAUGUGCUGCGUGUCCGUGGCUGCAACAAGGCUGGCUAUGGGGAGUACAGUGAGGACGUACAUCUGCACACGCCUCCAGCCCCUGUCCUGCACUUCUUCCUUGACGGCCGCUGGGGUGCGAGCCGAGAGCGGCUAGCUAUCAGCAAGGACCAGCGAGCGGUGCGGAGCAUUCCGGGGCUUCCCUUGUUGCUGGCUGCCGAGCGGCUGCUCACAGGCUGUCAUCUGAGUGUGGACGUGGUCCUGGGUGAUGUGGCUGUGACCCAGGGCCGCAGCUACUGGGCCUGUGCAGUAGACCCUGCCUCCUACUUGGUCAAGGUGGGCGUCGGGCUGGAGAGCAAGCUUCAGGAAAGCUUCCAGGGUGCCCCGGAUGUGAUCAGCCCCAGCUCCCUGGCCCUUUCCCCAUUCCCUUCCUCCACCUCCCAACAUCCUCCUUCCCGAUUCCCACUCCUACAGAUACGACCCGGACAGCGGGCACGACAGCGGUGCGGAAGAUGCUACAGUGGAGGCGUUGCCACCCUUUGCCUUCCUCACCAUUGGCAUGGGCAAGAUCCUGCUGGGCUCAGGAGCAAGUUCAAACGCAGGCCUGACAGGGAGGGAUGGCCCAGCAGCCAGCUGCACAGUGCCCCUGCCACCCCGCCUGGGCAUCUGCUUGGACUACGAGCAGGGGCGAGUUUCCUUCCUGGAUGCUGUGUCCUUCCGUGGGCUCCUCGAGUGCCCCCUGGACUGCUCAGGGCCUGUGUGCCCUGCCUUCUGCUUCAUUGGUGGUGGCGCUGUACAGCUGCAGGAGCCUGUGGGCACCAAGCCUGAGAGGAAAGUCACCAUCGGGGGCUUUGCCAAGCUGGACUGAGCCUUUCAGCCCCCUAAUCCAGACCUGACCUCUGCUCCCCAAGCGUCCAGGCAGCAGGUUGUUUACCCAGCAGCUUCUGCCCCCCAACUUUCCCUAACUAUGUGUGUGGUCUGCCCCAUACCUUGCCAGCCAUGUCUUCCCAGGGCUUCCCUUGACUGAGGGGCUCUCCCCUCCUUCCCUCUGGAUGUCCUCCUUUCUGUGUUACCUCUUGGCCUAGGCUCCAAGCCCUGCCCUUGGAGUCUUAACUAAAGCAUAGAAAGCCCCUGACCCAUCCCUGUCCUGUGCCCCUGAGGCUAUUGGGAGGGAGGGCACCUGGAACAGUGGGUGUGAUUGACAGCUCUGCCCUUUGCCUUGCCAAGCUCCCUGCUCCAUUGAUGCUGAACCACAGCCUUGGCAGCCAGGCUUUGUGCCUCCCCAUGAGGGAGGAGGACCUACCAUUUUAUUUGGGUCCCUAUACCCCUCAACCGCAUGUCCCUUCUGUCCCUCUUCUCCCUCUUGCAUGCUUCUCCUAUUCUGCACCCAUGCCAACGUGCCAAGUCUCCCUUGGGAACCCAACUGAGGCUGGUGUCCCCAUUGGGUUGGGCCAAGCUAGGCCUCUGGUGCCUGCUACCGCCUCCUUGCAGUGGGCGUUGCUAGGCCUGUGCUGAGCCACAGCUGUCGUUCUCGUGGUUUAGAAACAAUAAAUGGUGACACCAGGUGCAUUUCUGGUUUCCUGGAGUGUAA